CACUGGCAUUUGGAAUCAGAGAAAAGGUCUAAAUCGCUGAGCUACACAUGACACAUAGAAAUAGCAGAGCUGUGCUGAUGAGGGAAGGUAACGGAGAUGGAAGACUGAACGAAGCAUCUGUUGUGGAUGCCAGAGUCGGUCCAUGGGUUCCACGGGUUCCACUAUUCUUUUAGUGGCGGUCAAAAGCAGCCUAGCCACAUCAUACGCAAGCUCAAGCCUUGCAAUCACCAUCUCUCAACAUCCUCAUCCAUCGUCCAUCCCCAACAUCACCUACGCCCUGUCUGCAGAGCUAGACAACAAGGCCGAGCACGCUGAACGCGUCGUCAUCGGAGUAUCUCCCGGUGCAGAAGUCUGGUGGCAAUUCCCCUCCAUCCACUCCGCGCCCGCCAGUUCGUUCCGAUCAGAUCGACGCCACAGUCGUAUAGACCUGUCCUUUCCUAGCAACGGCUAUCCAUACCACUAGGAGCUGUUUGCUGCUACCAUUCGACGUUCUGGUAUCUAUCGCCGGCAGACCAAAAGUUUGCCAUUUACCUCCUCCGUUACCUGCCUCACUCGUAUCCAGC